AUGGAUGGGACUGCAAUUACAUAGCUAAAAUCUUAAUUAUAGAAACUAAAAGAGGAAAAGGAAGAGUUAUAAAAUGAUGUUUAAGAAGAAAGAGCAGUUGUUGCUCAAAUGUAAUAAGAAUUAGCAACACUUAAAUAAUAAUAAUAAAUGUAAGGAGGUUAAUUGAGAGAUAAAGAAUUAGCACUUUAAGAUUACAAUCGCAUGAUUAAAGAAAGUGAAACAAUAUUGAAAAAGUUAAUUGAAACAUCAAGCAAUUUUUUAAAGACCUUGGAAGGAGAAACAAAUAAGUUAAAGAAUCAAAAAAAAUGAA